GGGAGCGGGCGGGCGUCGUUGUCAAGGUAACGUAUGAAGGUAACAAACUUACAGACCUGCAGGAGAAGUUGUAACCCGGAACUUUCGUGCAGGUAGAAAUAGAGACCUACAAAAGUGGGUAACUCUACAAUGUCCAGUUCAGUCAGUCAUCUAGAUGUGCCGUUUCCAAUCGGUUACAUUUACAGUACUGAGCCAGACAGUGGUAGAAACGGGCUGGGUGUCCAAGAGUGGCCAGAUGGGUCGAAAUACGAGGGAGAGUUUGUGAAUGACCUGAAACACGGAGUGGGUGUUUACUCUUGGCCUAAUGGAGAGAUCUAUGAGGGUUCCUUCUACAAAGACUAUCGCCAUGGUAAGGGCACAUAUACCUGGCCUGACGGCUCCAAGUUCUCUGGAAAAUUUUAUUUGAAUCGGAAAGAGGGUUAUGGCGUCCAGCUGUUACAGGACGGCUCAUUUUUCAAGGGGCUCUAUCACGCAGACGAGCGUUUCGGCCCAGGUGUGCUCACCUAUGCGGAUGGCCGGCAGGACGUGGGGCUUUGGCAUCGCUGCCGGUUGUUCAGCCUCUGCACCUGGCUGAAGGACGCCUUCAGCCUCAGGUCCCUCCCAGACUUCCAGUCCCAACAGAGUCGGGUGCAGACGGGCAUUACACUCCAGGGGGACCCACAGAACCUGCGUCCAGAGCUACCCAAAUCCACAAUCUGCAAGGACCCACUGGUGUUCUCCCCAGAGGAGAUGCUGAAGGACGAGCGCUUCAUCCUGCCCCCUGACACGCUCCGCUAUGCCAAUGACCCAGACCAUCUGCCCCUGCCCCCACGCAUCAGGAAGCACCUGGAUGAGCUCUUCUUCAGCAGCAGCAAUCCGGACACUCCCGUACACACACACACACAGGUGUACACUCACACAUACGGGAAUACCAGCUGUCUGCCACUACAGGAACGCAUGCAGGAGCACAUCAACAGACACAGGUGUGAGGUGGAGGCGCUUGACUGGGACGUUGGGGCAGUCUUGUCCAUGCGCAGGGAGGCGUUUGGCCCUAAGGGGCCCUUGGAGCUGGGCUCGGAGCGGCUCAUUAAGGAGGCGGCGCGGGGGGAUCCCCAGACUGUUUAUCACAUCCUCAGGGACGGAAGGAUCCACCCUGAUGUGGGGGACGCACAAGGCCACACUCCUCUUCUUGCUGCUACGGUGAACUGCCAUAAUGAGGUGAUCAACAUGCUCCUGGACAGCGGUGCCAACGUGAACAAGUUGAACACAGAGGGCAUGUCGGCCCUGGCCAUCUGCCACGUGCUUUACUACCCUACCAGCUCUCUCCACACCACCGUGGCAGAACUCAGGCUCGACAGGGACUCGCCCAAGCCACAGGUGUCAGUACCAAAGUCUCCACAAGCUGACAAUCAGGAAGAUGAGGCUAGUAAAAACUUAACCAGCCCUGUCCCUCAGAAGACUGAGUCACCUGAUCAGAGUCAUUCAGCCAAUGAGGAGACAGCAGCCCCAGGGCACACACAGGCUGACCCGGGUGAAGCUCCGCCCCUCAGUUCCCCAGUAAUGGAGGAGGUAUCAGAAGGGGAGGAGCCUAUGAAUAAAAGUAUCAAAGCUCAGAGCGAAUAUUCAGAGAAUGAGGGACUUGGGAAUGGACAGUGGGAGGAGCCUAAACAGGAAGCAUCUGACAUUAAGGGACUUCAGGGGAGGAGACUAAACAGGAAACAUCUGACAUUGAGGGACCUCAGAGGGAGGAGCCUAAGCAGGAAACAUCUGACAUUGAGGGACUUCAGAGGGUGGAGACUAAACAGGAAACAUCUGACAUUGAGGGACCUCAGGGGGAAGUCUAUAGUUAAGGGGUCUGACAGGGAGAAGCUUGUAAAUGAAGCAUCAGAGAGGGUGGGGCCUAUAAGUGAAGCAUCAGAGAGGGAGGGGCUUAUAAAUGAAGAGUCGGAGACAGGGGAGCCUCAGAUUGAGAAGCCCAUCAUGAUUGGUCUGGCCGAGGAGCCAGCUGAGUCGAAUAGAGGCACUGCAGGCAGGGAUAUGACCUUUGACCCUGAAAGCACUGAGCAGCGUGUGGCCAGUGACUCUGUGGUGUCACUGGCCAGCUUUCAGAUUGCCGUAUCAAAGGAGGCGCUGGACCAGGCUGCGGAGGCCCUGUGCCAUUCAGGACUGCUACCAGCAGAGGGCACUCAGGAGACCGUCCACAAGAUCGCUCUCGCCAAAACGCAGCGCAGUGAGCGGUGGGCCACUCUGCGGCUGCUGCUGUCCCGGGGGGCGGAUCCCAACGCCUCUCUGGUGCCCAUGCCAGUCCUCUUCCUGGCCAUCAAGGCAGCACACACACACGCCGUCCAGCUGCUGCUGGAGGCAGGAGCACGCACAGACAUCUGUCUGCCCUCUGAGCUUAAUGGUCUGUAUCCGCUGCACGUGGCAGCUGGUCUCCCGGGAGACGAGGGUCCGCGGAUCACUGAGCUGCUGCUGCAUGCUGUGGCGGACCCUGACGUCCAGGCCCAGGACACACACGUGCUCUUUGAGCUGGACAAGAACACGCCUGAUCCCCAGGGAGGAUCUGGGAACAAACCUGGCAACGUGUCUGGGGCCCCACCUCAGGGCCCGGGCACUGGCAGUCCCGACAGGGGCCGCACGCCGCUCCACAUCGCCUGCCAGAGAGACCAGGAUCACAAGAAUGCCAGAGAUGCGGUGUGUGUUCUGCUGUCUCAUAAAGCCAGCACCAGUCUGCUGUGGAGUGGACACUCUCCCCUCUCCCUGGCCAUCGCCAGUGGCAACCAUCUGGCCGUAGAUGUGCUGCUGGCGUGGGGGGCCGACCCCAACCUUCCUCUGUCCUGCAGGGUGGGCAGUGCCCUCUGUGCCAAUGCCAACAUCGCCUAUGACUGUGGUGGGACUCACUCCUGCAACAGAAUCCUACUGCUGGAGAAACUGAUAAAAGCUGGUGCAGACAUCCUGCUGCCCAUCCUGAUUGGGGAGGGACGGAGAUGUGUGAUCGGCACAGCUGUGGAUUAUGCCUACUGCUCUUUCAACCAGGACUGGCGUAUUGCCCACACUCCAUACCAUGCACUCAACCCACGGGAGCGUGAGACCCUGAACACCCGCCGGCAGCUGCUGAGCAUCAUGGGAGAACUGCUGAGGACAGCAGCGACCAGGAACCAACAGGCGGCUCUGGAGAUGCAGACUCUUGGCAGCAGCGAUCGUUGUCUAUCAACAAUUAUGCACCGCAAGCUCAAGCAUCAGAGGAGAACACCAGCACAGGAACUAUCAGUACUGAUGGUAAAGAGGAGAAGCGAUCAGAAGCAGGAUUUUAAGUACUGCUACCAGUGCGGCCGCUCUGUGGGAGUGGUCCUGCUGGCCUGCAGUCGCUGCCAUGAGGUGUUCUACUGCAGCAAGACCUGCAAGAUGAAGGCCUGGAACGACCGGCACAAAGAGGAGUGUGUGCGGGUGCAAGGUCAAGAUCACAGUGAGCCUAGCGACACACUGGAGAGUGACCCACAAAGAGAAAACACAGGCAACAUUAAGAAGGCUUCAGUGAAGACGCCAGAGCAGCCGUCCCUGAUCACCCAGAUGCAGGCCCACUUCAAGAAGAAGAUGAUUGUAGAGAAACUAAACAAAAAACGGAAGGCGCUGUCUCAGAAGUGGGCCGAGAAACGACUCGCCUCAGGGAACCAGUCCAAGGGCUGGAGCGCGGGAGCCAAGGGUCAGAGCGGCCUGCCCAAGCAUCCUCCAAAGACCCCGACGUACGACCCCACAGAGAACUACAGCUACAUUUAAUUACAUCGUUAAUAAAGUUCCCAUUUGUGCUCA